GCCUGGAUAGAAACAUAGAAACACGAGCUGUUGUUUUGUGAUGCGAGACUAAGAUUGGACCGUUUGAAGCUCACGAACAACAUUAGAGACGGAGGAUGGAGGAAAAGCUGCCUGAAGAUCUGGCGAAUCUCUCCGAGCUGGACGAGAAAAGUUUGCUGGAGGUUUUGACUGGACGCUUUACACAGAACCUCAUCUAUACCUAUAUAGGGGACAUCUUGGUGGCUAUUAACCCAUUUAAAUAUCUUUCAAUUUAUGUAAAAGAGGUGUCCGAGCAGUACAAGUGCCAUGAGAAGAAGUCUUUGCCCCCUCAUAUAUUUGCUGUGGCGGACCGGGCGUAUCAGUCCAUGCUGGGACAUCUGGCCACGGGACCCAAGAACCAGUGUAUCGUGAUCAGUGGUGAGAGUGGCGCGGGGAAAACCGAGAGCACCAAACUGCUGCUGAGACACAUCAUGGAGCUGUGCAAGGCCAACUCACAGCUAGAGCAGCAGAUCCUGCAGGUGAAUCCACUUCUCGAGGCCUUUGGAAACGCUCAGACGGUCAUGAAUGACAACAGCAGUCGCUUCGGGAAAUACAUCCAGCUCCGCUUCCAGAACUCUUCAGUAAAAGGGGCCAAAAUCAAUGAGUACCUCCUGGAGAAAUCCCGUGUGGUUCAUCAGGACGAGGGUGAGCAGAACUUCCAUAUCUUCUACUUCAUGUUGGCCGGCAUCUCCACGGAGGAUAAAGAGAUAUACGGCCUCCUGGACCCCACGCGCUACCGUUAUUUGAAUGGGAGGUUUGGGAAGGAAGACAUGGUUCAGGCCUGGCGUCUGAAAUAUGCUGAAGUGUGUAACGCCAUGGACAUGGUGGGAUUUGAGGAGCAGGAAAAGGUGGACAUGAUGACUAUUCUAGCUGGCAUUCUGUCUUUGGGGAACAUCGCCUUUGAGAUGACAGACAGUGAUGCUCUGAAGGUGUCCGAGGCAUCACGUGGCUGGUUAAAAGCUACAGCGGGUCAGUUUGGCGUUCAGGAAGAGGAUUUACUGAAGAGUCUGACCUGCACCACGUCAGUGACGCGAGGAGAGGCCAUCCAGCGACUCCACAACCAGCAGCAGGCUGAAGACGCCAGAGACUCCAUCGCUAAAGUGGCCUACGGUCGCGUGUUCGGAUGGAUCGUCAGUAAAGUCAACGAGCUGCUCGCUCCUAAAGUAGACUGUGACGUGGAGCUCAAUGAAAUAGGAAUCCUUGACAUUUUUGGCUUUGAAAACUUCGCUGUGAACCGAUUCGAGCAGCUCUGCAUUAAUCUGGCUAACGAGCAGCUCCAGUAUUUCUUCAACCAUCAUAUUUUUCUGAUGGAGCAGAAAGAAUAUAAAGAGGAAGGCAUCACAUGGGAGACCAUAACCUACAAGGACAACAAACCCAUACUGGACCUGUUCCUCACCAAACCCAUUGGGAUUCUCUCACUGCUGGAUGAGCAGAGUGCCUUUCCUCAGGCCACUGACCGCGAUUUUGUUGACAAGUUAAACAGCAAAUUUAAAACGGCUCCCAACUUUGAGGUUGUGCGAAACCACACCCCUCUGUUCACUAUUGUGCACUACGCUGGGAAGGUGCAGUACAAUGCAAGUGGAUUUCUUGAGAAAAACAGAGACACGAUACCGGCCAACAUUCGCGAGCUCUUCAUCAACAGCGUCACUCCUCUCCUCAGCGUUCUGUUCGCAGCCACAAUUUCCCGAACAGGCACACUAAUGCCACGGAAAGCCAAGUUACAAGUUGCAGAUGACAACUUUAACUCGACCAGGAAGCAGUCCGUCGGUGCACAAUUCAAGCAUUCUCUGGCUGUCCUCAUGGAGAAGAUGUUUGCGGCCAGUCCACACUUUGUUCGGUGCAUCAAACCCAACCGAAGCAAGCAGCCCGAUCAGCUGGACAGUAAACUGGUGAUGGAUCAGCUGAGAUACAACGGCCUGAUGGAAACCAUCCGAAUCCGGCGGGACGGUUUCUCGUGGCGUCCGAAGUUCAGGGAGUUUGCAGAGAGGUACAACAUUCUGCUGCUGAAACCGGAUCUCCUGCUGGACAAAACCAGUUGCAUGUCGAUCCUGAACAGCACUGAACUCUCUGGCUGGAAGUGCGGGGUCACAUAUAUGCUUGUUUUUAACAAUUACCGCGCGAGGAUCUGCCGGAGGAGGUAUCUGGCUCUGCUGGCGGAGAUACGGCGACAGCGUCAGGCUCAGCGGGAGAGAGAGGAGCGUGAGGAGGAGGAGGAGAGGAGGAGGCGUCUGGAGCUGGAGCAGGAGAACCGGCGACCAGCGUCUCCACCAGUGCCCCUGCCGAGGAAGAAGAAGCCGGAGCCCAGGCCGCGCUCAGUGCUGAGCACCAUCCUGAAAGCAGCGCCUCUGGCGCCUGUGCCGCGGCCGCGCAGCAAGCUGUUUGAGGCCACAGAUGAAGAGCGAAUGAAAGAGAAACAGCUGAAGAAGACCAACACCAUCCGCUGGUUCAAAGAGAUGCAGGUGCGUAAGCUGACCAGAGACGGCGGCUUCCCCAGCUGGUUCCACGGCAUGAUCACACGCAGACGAGCAGAAGAUCUCCUGAUCGACAAACCUCUCGGCUGCUUCUUGGUGCGAGUGGGUCAGAGCCGGGAAGGUUUCACACUGACCUACAGGGGUGCUGAUCGCUGUCGUCACUAUAUGGUGGAGAUGCAGAGCAAUGGGAAGUAUGUGAUUCUCGGGGAGGAUCGGGCUCAUUCCUCUCUCACAGAUCUGGUCCAGUAUCACACUCAGGUGGGCAUCAAGCCCUUCAUGGAGCUGCUGACGCUGCCCUGCGGUCAGAUGUGUGAUCAGGAGCCGGACUAUGAGGAGCUCAAAGCUUUUACAUCAUCAUCAUCACCUUCAUCGCCGUUGUCGGCAUCUGCGGUGGAGCGUCCCGCUGAGGAUCAGGACAUGGACACGGGUUCACAUAAAGUGCACUUAGAGAUGCAGAGACUCUUCCUGCUGCCGGGAGGAAACUCAAACCCAGAGUCCCACAAACCGCCGGUGCUCAAGCGCAUCUCUGACCGCCGCAGACGGGUCGAAGCCACUCAGAUGGAGCACAAGGACGACGAUCCGACCGGAGAGAGCAGACCGUUCCCCCGACUCUACCCCUCCAUACGACUGGCCAUGAGAGAAAUCCAACAGAUCCAACAGCACUUCCAGCAGAGCCAGGAUCAGAUCCAAGUCUCCUCCGGUAAAGCCUUGAGCUCGUGGAAGAGGACGGAUGCGUGA